UUUCUAAUUUUCCAUUAUUUAUUGUUUCUCAGUAUAUCAUAAUGGAUGUUUCAUUGAUAGCAGACGCAACGAAUAACUUGAUAGUAUAUCUGGCAAUAAUCAUAGAGAUUGCUCAUUAUACUCUGGUAAUUUACGGAGUACGGAAUGACUGGGAUGUCAACAAGGCAAGGAAACAGCCAGUUGCCACAUGGUUGAUGUCGAUAGCUUGUUGCUACGGUGGAGGGAUGAUCAUAAGUGUUUGUGUAGGAAAACCUGCUCUGACUCCUCUAUCCAAUAAUCAGUCAGUCCUCAUGAUGACAAUAGUAUGGUGGCACAUCUUCUACUCUCCCAGAGAUGUCAUUUAUAAUUUAUUGUCAUGGAAACCAGCGAUGUUAGUGAUUGUUCUGGGAAAAGAAAUGAUCCGAACAAGAAAAAUUAUAAAAGGAGUGAAACUUGGUCGUGGAGCUUUCCCAGACUCUCUCUUGAUCUGUACUAUUCUUGGAAUGUUUGGAGCCUGCGGAGGGGGGUUUGUCAAAAAUGCUGCAACGUUUGUGAGGAAACAAUGGAAUCAUGAGACCGUGAAAUCUAUUCAUUUGGCGACAGUAACAAAGCUCAGUCUUCUGUUCUCGCUACUUUACAAUCUACAACUUCUAGGAAUCCUGCCGAUCUCAUUCAACACUGUUGUUCUUCUACAACUAACUGUGAUGUUCCUGAUAUCGGCUUCUUCGAAGUUUGGCGUCAACUUUGAUUCGUUCCAUCGAAUUGAGAAGAUAAUCACAAGUUGGGUGAUAGAUUAUUCUGCGUAUGGGGGAGCUGAGGAGGAAAAAUCCCCUCAGAAAAAAGCUGGGGAGGAAAAAUCCCAUGAAAAGAAAAAAGAUUCUUUGAAAAAGAAAGAAUAAGCCCACAGGUUUUCAAAUUUAAUUUACUUCCUGUAAUACAUCGGAUUAUCUGUUUAAUUUAAAUCAGGAUAUUUUUUCCGAUGUUGACACUCGUAUUUCCCUCUUUCAACGUUAAUUUUAACAGUUUUUAUAAUUCUGUACUAAAAAUCCCAACGCAUUGCAUUAAUGCAAUUUAUGAUUGUGUGACUGUAUUAUAAAUAUUAAAUUAUAUAUUAUUAUAACGCAGCUAAAAUUUUAACUUAGUCUUCCCUCUCUCAAUGUUCAUAUUGUUAAUUUAUUUCAUUUUUUAAAACAAAUAUUUUUUUAUUUAAAUGAGUAUAUUACAAUCAAUUGUUUCAAAUACUUUAGUGCAGCGUUUCUCAAACUGUGUUCUGUUCCACAUGCUUUCUGAAAUUGUUCUGCAGAACAGG